GCAGCGAAAAUCUAAAUUCGCCAUCAACACCACCUUGUAUAAAUUAGCAUUGGCCAAUUCAACGCAAAAUUUCUUUGUUUGAUAAAAAGUUCCAUAUAGUUACGAAAAUUAAUUAGAAAUGGAAAAAUGGAUACGUGAGCGAUUGAAAAAUUGUCUGGACUUUGAAGUGCCAGAUGAUAUGAUCAAGUACAUAAUGUCUUUGAAGUCUUCGUCGGAAUUUGACGAAUAUUUCGAAACUUUGCUCAAUCCUGAAUGCGAGGAUCAUCGCUCAUUCUUAACUGACUGCAAGCAACGUUUGUUUAGUAAACCAUUGCCCAAUAAACGUUCGCCAAAGACAAAUCCACAACAGCAAAAAACUGGAUAUGUAAAACAAAAUCCCGUGCCAUUAGAUGGCAAGUUCGGCAAGCAAAUUACCCAACCACCACAACAGCAGGGUGCUAAAAAAAAGUCCAAGUACGUUAAUUUGUACACUAGUGACGGUAGUGUUAGUGGAGAAGUGAUAAUGCUGAAAGGUCGCCGUCUCUGCGAUUGCCAAGCAUCACAACACAAACUCAUUAAUAACUGUCUUAGUUGUGGACGCAUUGUCUGCGAGCAGGAAGGUAGUGGACCGUGUCUCUUUUGUGGGGAGAUUGUUUGCACCAACGAGGAAAUGCAACUGAUGAAAAGCGAUCCAAAAAAAGGCCAAAACCUUUUGAAAUCGUUGAAGGAAAAAGGGGGUGGUGAAUCAUUGAAAAAGGCACUAGAGCAGCGUGAUCGUCUGUUGGAGUAUGAUCGUAAUAGCGAGAAACGCACAACGGUUAUUGAUGAUGAGCUAGACUAUUUCGAGGAAAAUUCAGUUUGGCUCUCGGAUGCAGAACGGGCCAAAUUCGAACGUCUUAAGCAGGAAAUGCAUGAGAAGAAGCAUGAAAGUCGAGCCAAACGAAAAAUUAAGGUUGAUUUUGCCGGUCGCGAAAUGGAAGAUGAUCUUACAAUUACCGCCGAUUUUGAAAAUCGAGUACUAAAGGAAAUAGCUGAAGUAAAAGCUGCUUCUGGAGAGAAAUAUAAUUGGUCGAAUCGUAAAAACGCGGAAAAAAUUACACCGAAUACAUGUGGCACAGACCCAAACAUGGAUGAUGAACUUCGUCCUGUUUACAAACUCACUUCUGAAGGUAAGGCCCUAGCAGCCAACGGAGGCGCCAAUCACGGAUUUGCAGAUCGCUCCUAUAACCGUGUGCAAGAUAAAGAGCUGUUAGAAAUGCAAGACAUGCGUCAUUGCCUCUCAAUGCAUCAGCCAUGGGCUUCAUUCCUUGUGGAGGGCAUAAAAAAGCACGAAGGCCGUGUUUGGUACAGUGAGCACCGUGGUCGAUUAUGGAUUGCCUCUACCGUUAAAGAUCCACAUCCUGAAGAAAUUGAGGAACUCAAAAAUUUCUACAAGAAUCACUACAAUGAUUCUAACAUAAAAUUUCCGGAGCACUAUCCAACAGGUUGUUUGUUAGGUUGCGUACGCGUAGACGAUUGCCUUGCGCAAGAAGAGUACCGUGAAAUAUACCCUGACGGCGAAUCAGAUAGCCCAUACGUAUUUGUUUGCUCUAAUCCUGAACAGCUGCCUGUGGUUUUCCCUAUUAAGGGACAACAUAAAAUAUACCAAAUUGAUCCUAAGAUACAUAACGCUGCUUGCAAAACCUUAUUACGCCUAAAAAGCACAAAAGGCUAAAUAUACAUACAUAUAUACGUAUAAAAUUUGGCCAAGAUGGGUGCAUCCUUAGAUCGUAAAAAUAAUCAAAAAAUACCCCAUGCUUUAAAAACAUAUUUAGCGCUAAACAUGUGUUUACGAUGUAUACUUUUUUAAUAAAACUGGACAAUAAAUUUGAUUUUUCUAAAGCAGCCAUGA